AUGGCUUUGAAUAUAGAUUUCAACGCGCUGAAAGCCCGGACCAUGGGGUCCGGUGCUGAUGAGGAAGCAGUGACUGUCGAUACCAGAGGCCUCAUCUCCAAAGUUUUAGCUCGGUACUCGGGGAAGUGGACUGUUCUCCGAGAGAUGAUUCAGAAUGCUGCCGAUGCCUCCGCAACUAAAGUGACAAUCAAGUUCGAGACGCUUCCCUCUACAACAAUUCCGUCACCGUCAUCAACCGACCCAACGGAGCAAAUAAAGCACACUAUCGCCAACCAUACCCUCCGGCGUCUAUUGAUCUCAAAUAAUGGUCUUCCCUUCAGCGAAAAGGAUUGGGCGCGGUUGAAACGCAUCGCAGAUGGCAACCCCGACGAAACAAAGAUUGGAGCAUUUGGUGUGGGGUUCUACAGUGUUUUUGACGACUGCGAGGAGCCAUUUGUGUCCUCUGGUAGCCAUGCUAUGGCCUUCUAUUGGAAAGGCAACGGGCUAUUUACUCGACGUUUGGACCUGGGGGAGGCCUCGAGCCAGGACACCACUUUUGUGCUAGACUAUCGCAACGACUCUUCUCCUGUUCCACAUUUGCUGCAGCUAUGCCAGUUUUUGGCGAGCAGUUUGACAUUUGUCGCUUUGCAAGAGAUUGAGCUACUACUGGACGACUGGAGCCUCUUGCGAUUAUCGAAAAAGACCGCCCCUGGUGUCAAUGUCCCCAUACCCAGAGACAUAGAAACGAAGACUGCAGAAGGUCUUAUGAAAAUCACUGGCAUAACCCAAGAAAUUGCCCAAGUUGAUGCGGCCUGGAUGCGAAUUGUAGAGUGGAAUCCGCAUGCCAGCUUGAUCAGUCUUGACAACCUUCGAGAUACCACCAGCUCCUUACGGAGCUUUUUCUCGAAGUUUACAAGCCAGAGCGGGUCUGACAAACCCUCGCAUUCUCAGAAGAUACAGCAACCUGAGCAAUCGGGCAAUAUGACCUCUUUUGUGAAAGCAACAGUAUUCUUGCAUAUCAACACUGCAUCGAUACAGCCUUCAGUCAGCUCAAGUCUGAGCAAGGAACUGGAACGGGCCACUCGGAAACCACCACCUAAGAAGGCUACAAUCGCGAUUUUGACCCCAUCCUAUGAUGCCAAUGUUGCGACAGGGGCAUCCACAUCACAGUCGGAAAUUCUUGCUUCCAUUUUACCUUCGAAAGGAGGAAGAGUCUUCAUUGGAUUUCCUACUGCGCAAACCACCGGCCUGAAUGCCCAUGUUUCGGCGCCAUCCGUCAUUCCUACAGUUGAGCGUGAAAGUAUUGACCUCAACACUCGAUACAUCAGUAAAUGGAAUAUUGAAAUGUUGCGAGCUGUUGGAAUUGUCUGUCGAAUCGCGUGGUCUGCGGAGAUGAGUACCAUCAAAUCGAAACUGGCAGCCAAGGUUGGACCCGCGCGUUCUUCAAAGAUUCGCAAAGAUGAUAUAGUGGGCGUACUUCCAGAAGCGAUCCAUACCGCGAACCAAUUCGUUUUUCGCGAAUCGACGCCGUCGUCAGUUCUUGGUCAGACUAUCGAAGAUGCGUUCUGGAUGUGCAAUAAGAGUGCCUCCAUCGAGAUUCUUUCAACAUGUGGCGUAAUUCCCAGCCAUCAGACACGCAUAGCUCCGAAGGAUCUCAGUUUCAUGGAUUCGAUUCCCGCCCUACCUGAUGAAUUCGUCCUCCAAGCCAAAGAGUUUGUCCGAAGACUAACAGAAUUUGGGUUGGUCACGGAAAUAACGGUUUCCGACAUCAAACGGGAGCUGGAGGCUAGUACCCUAAGGUCUAAUCAGAUUGUUGAAUUCCUGACGUGGCUGGGUCGCAAAACUGUCGCUGGACAGCUUGAUAGGCUUUCAGUUCAGAGUCUUCUGCGGGUUGCAGUGGCGAAUGAUGAAGAAGAUAAGGAUGGGAGUCCUACUCGGUUAAUCGUUUUCGCCGACAUUACCAGCUUCCUGAAUCCCCAGCGCAUUACAACCGAUCUCCCUAUACCAUCAGCAGUGAUGCCUUUCCGAUUUACGAAAAGCCUGGGUAAACAAGAACUUGAAGCGUUGGGAUGGGUCGAAUUGCAACUUGUCCCUUGGCUUCGCUGGCUAGUGAUGAAUGCUGGGGAUCGCAGCCUCUUGUCCGCAGAGCAAGACAUCACGCAGAGUGCUUCGUUUUCUGGACAGGUCCUUCCUCUUUUGUCUAAGCAGUGGGAGACGCUAGGCCAAUCAUCCAAACAGACCGUGAUUAAUACACUUCAACCACAAACUGUGAUUCCAACUAGACUUGGUAUGAAGCAACCUGAGCAAACAUACUUUGCUUCCGUGCGCCUGUUUGAUGAUCUCCCGGUUGUACAUGGCCUGAAUGGCGUCAAGGAAAAGUUCCUAGUAUCGUUAGGAGUUCGGAAGACCGUUGAGCUGGGAGUUAUCUUUGAUCGUCUCAUCAACAAUCCCCCAAGUACCGGUGAUGUAAAAAGCCCCUCGACGCGGAAAUGGAGUCAUGUGGAUUUGAUUCGAUACCUCACAUCUGUUCGGGAUGACAUCCCUUCAAAUGAUAUCCAGAGGCUCAAAGAUACAAGCAUUUGCACUGCCGAAACCAGGGGAGAUGCACACGCCUCGUCUGGUACUCGCUACAAAAUAUCUGAAUUUGAUGCAGAGAAGAACAGUGCUCGCAAGACCAAGGCCUUGUCGUACUUCCUAAAUGAGUACCAUACCAACGGUUAUGACGCUUUCGAUAUCAAUGCAGUCACAGUCCCUUUUUUACCUGUUGAAGGUUCCGAGACUCUUGCUGCUCCAAAAAAGUGUUUCACGGAUGACGGCGCCGCGUUGUUUGGCUUUCAUAUCCUCCGACAGCAGCUUCAUCCCCAUGCUUCUAAGCUGGGCGUCAAGCCCCAUCCUCCUAUGACAGAAUGUCUUCAGACCCUGAUCCGUCAACCCCCGGCGACUUCCAAAGAGGCUAGAGUGGUUUUCAAAUACCUGGCUAGUAGAGCAUCUGAUAUAAGCCCCCAGGAUGUCGAGCGAGUUGGAUCGUCUCUAAUUAUCCCCAUUGCGGUAAAGGAUCAAUCAGACAAAGGCUCUCGGACCCGCUUUGUUGCCCCUAAGCUCUGCUAUCUUGGUGACGGAGAGGAUUACAAGGAUAUCUUUGACUUUGUGGAUUUUGGACGAGAAGCCAAUUUCUUCCUCUUGGCUGUUGGCUCCAGGCGAGAACCGACGAAGAUCGAAAUUGCACGAAUGCUUGUGAAAGAACCCGCUCGGAUUUCAUCUGCAUUUCAAAGCUCCGAUAAAUACCUCAUGCUCCUGAGGACUCUUGCGGAGAACCUUCCGCUUCUCAAGAAAGACAAAGAUCUGUUCAAUGACAUGAGGAGAGCAAAAUUUUUGUUGGCUAGCCGUGAUAUCCCUCCUCAAUCGGCAGAAAAACAUGGUAAAGGGACUUCGACUGAAAGGGACGCCCCUGAUGCAGAAGAAGAUCUAGAUAUCCGAGAAUGGGAUCUUUCAGCUGCAAAAGACAUUGUUGUUGUGGACGAUUUCCAAAGCUUCAAUCUCUUCAAAGAGCAUAUCCUUGCUGCGCCCCAAGAGGAAACGUUAGAAAAUUUCUAUGUGGCUCUUGGUGCCCUUCCACUUAGCAAGCUUGUCGAAGAGCAAGCCCGAUUCGGAGGUAUUGCGGCCGAUCAAACCCCAGCCGUGCAAUUGCACAAGAUGAUCCUCGAGCGGGUACGGCUUUUCUUGCAUGACCAACCAGCAGAUGCCAUUCAACACGGAGCUCGAUGGUUAGAACAUGAUUUCAGUGUACAGGUGGUCACCUCUAUUACGCUUACGCGGUCUCUGAAAGGCAGACGGGUGUCGCAUACUCAGAAGCGGAAAGCCAUUAUGGCCCGUCUGUCCAAUAACUGGGGCUUGUGCAUCUACCCGGGCAAAUUCGACCUGUAUGAGAUCAGCCAGUCUCUUGUUCACUUGAUUCUCAAACGACCAAAGCUUCAUUCCACCCUGACCCUGGAAAUGCUGUUGAAGACGGACCUCUUAGAGCUUCGUGCCCGGGGCUAUAAUGUGGAGCGCAUUCUUAGACAGAAAGCUCACGAGGCUCGAAUGGCAAGUGAUAAACGACAGAAGCAAUUAGAGGAAGAAAGGCAGGCCUUGCAAGAGAGAGAAGCUGCUUGGGCGGCCGAGCAAGCUCAACGAGCGAAAGAGGAAAGACCGGAGCCCCAGUCACAAGUCACUAUGCCGGGCGUUUUUCCCGAGUCACCAAACAACAAACCGUCUGCUGAAGAAAGGCAGAUUGCACCUUCUGAGCCCACAAUUCCAGAACGAGCUCCCCGUGGACUGUUUGCUAAUCUCACCAAACGCUUUGGUCUGGACGGGCGUUCAGGAUCACCGUCCAACCCUGAGCAAUCACAAUCUUUACUCCCCGAGUCGACCAAUAAUACUCCUCCACCUCCACCUUAUUCAUCCACGGAUCCUCAGAAGCCACGCCCAGAACAGCCCGUUUCAGUUGAUUCACCGCAUCGGCUGCAGCAAGAGCUUCUCUCUGCCGUGCAGGCUUGUCGCCCGCAUGGAUCCUCGAAUGUCUUUAGCCGACCAGAGACUAACCAAAUCUCGGCAAGUCAAUCAUACUGCGAUGAACGACCGGGCCAUGAUUUAGAGUUCGUGGCGACGCUCCCCAGCGGUGUCAAUGUCUUGUUUACAAAGACCAUCACCGAGCGGUCUGCUUUCCUAGCGAACAACCGUAACAGCAUCAAUAUGUUUGCAUCGGUGAUUCUUGAUUCUGGUUCCAUCUUCUCAAUGCGGGCGGAUAGCUUGAGCAUCUUCUACGAUCCAGGUGGCAAGACCAUCGCAUUCAAUCGGGCAGGCAGCAUCUUUUGCAACUACUUCUACUUCCAGAAGCUGCAGGAGCAAGCGCUGCUUCAAAGUCCCUCGCCCGAUCGUACCGAUGCCAUUGUAUAUUGGUGGGUGAUUCUGUGUCAUGAGCUGGCACACAACCUAGUGGCGGACCACAGCUCUGCGCACAGCUACUACACCGAGGGAUUUGUGGCCCAGUACUUCCCUAAGGUAGCCGCGAAGCUCGCCACCCUCCAGCCUGUACCAGGACCCUGA